GCACGAACCAAUGAACCGAUCCGCCGAGGUCGCGGCCUUCCAGAAGCUCGUUCCUGCCGCCGACAUUGAGACGUGCACGCACGAGCAGCUCCAGGCGUCGCUGCAGUACACGCGCCAGCGCAAGCUGCGAUUGCGCCUGCGCUUCCCGGCCGAGUACCCCCGUAGUGAGCUUUUGAUUGAGAUUCUGAGCACGUCGCUGCCCGACGUCGCACUGCGCCGCCUCACCAAGUUUGCCGACGCCAAAGCCAAAGAGCUCAGCAAAGACGGCUUGCCGCAGGUGCAGGCCAUUGUCGAGUUCGUCCAGUCGUCGCUCAGCGAGAACAAGCUCCUUUAUGCGUUCGACGAGGUGCGCCAGCUCCGCCUCCUCGCCGACGCCAACGGCGGCGAAGUGAAACUCGUCAACGAGCGGGCGGGGCGCAUCAAGGUGCUACUGCGUCAAGGCCCGUAUUUUUUCCAGGUCAACGUCAAGAUCGACGACCACUACCCCGACUCGACGAUUCGCGUGGCGUGCGACGAGUCCAACUUGCCGCCCAAUGUCGUGGACAUUAUUGUCAAGCGAGCCAACGAAAUGGCCCGGCGCAUUACCCUCGGCUACACGGCCGACCAGGCGCUAUAUGCCUCCAACCCGCUCAAGAAGCCACUGAGCCUCCUCGCGCCGCCCGAGCCCACAAAGAAGGCAGCGCCAGGGUUGAAAAAGUUUGGCAAGGCCGCCAAAGCUGCUCCGGUGCCCAUCGUCAUCAAGGAAGCGCACAAGGACAAGAUUGCACCGCUGUAUUACGCUGCCGACGGCGGCCUCUUGCAUCAGUCGCCGCUCGAUGAAGCCGUCAAGAGCAUUCUACCCGUGGUCAAGACCUAUCUCUACGAGACCAUGCUCAAGUCCCUCCCGUCCACGACGUGUCCGGAGUGCGCGCAGUUGGUACUGCCGACCAAUCCGACGACAGCACUCGACGCCAACGCCGUGCCGCUGCAGGCGUACUGCGGCCACUGGUUCCACACCGAGUGCCUCGGCAAGAAGCUCCAGUCGCCGCCGUUCGCGCACCCGUGUGUGGCGUGCCACGUCAUCUUGCACCACCCCCGGUGGCCGUCGGACCUCGCCGAGCUCUCGACACGCUACGAGCGAGAGCAGCGCCUCGCGCGCGAAAUCGCCGAGAUCGCCGACAUGUUUUAAGCGCUUCGAAAGUCCUACGCGCUUCCUUUUCUCGCAUGAACGUACGCUUGCUGGACCACAUAGCCGCGUUGAUGGCCCCGACGUACGUCGCUGUUG